ACAAUUACUAAAUCAUUGUCUGUUCCAUUCCAAUUCAUUAUUCCUUAAAUUCAAAUCCAACAUCAACUACACUAUCCACACAACACCUGCUACCCCUCACAUCUACCUACUAAUAAAGGUCCUUCCAAGUCCUUUAUACUGUAUAUUGUUCUCCCAGUUCUCCCUUGUUAGUUGGAUUGGGUCCUUCUUUUGAUAGGUCAGCUGACUUCUCUUUGUGGCCAUUUUGGUUAGGUCUAUUUAGAGUAAUGUAAGAAGAUCACUACAAAAAUACCUAUCCUGAAUGACCUGCCCCAAGUGAUCUUGCAGCACAGAGCCAGCAUGUCUUGUUUAGUUAUAUUCAGAUGGUAGAAUUCCACCCAGGGAAUAGUAGUCAGAGGAACAUUUUGUCUUUUCUAGUUUGUGUCACAGCCAUUCUUUUUACAAUGUCAAUGGGUUUAUUAACCAUCGAUAGCAUCAUUACAAAUUCCUGUUGUAGUUCUGCUAAUAUUAGAAGGCGUCAUCAUUGGAAAGCCCUGUCCUAUGGUAAAAUGGUAACUACAGUACAACACAAAGAGAUUGUCCUAUUCACCCCUAUUCAGUGGACAUCCCUCCAUAAAAACAUUAGACCCAUCAGCUAUUUCCCUGGUUCUCAGUCAUAUAACACUGCACAAAGGUGAGAUUGAACUUGCCCGAUGUUUUGAAGGUGGUUUGCAAAUUGUAACAUGCUUAGUGUAGGUGGGAUUGACUUUAUGAUGGCAAUCAGCUCUGAUAAAAAACUCAGAAGUAAGAGAAGGGUCUGUCUGUUUUGUUCCGUGGGGGUGUGCAACCUCAACCAAACAGAGCUCAGCAAGCAUGUUUCUCUGUGUGAGGAGGAUCACGCAACUUUGGCGCACAUAAAGGAUCACUGUGGCUUUGGUCACUUAAUAGGAGCAGUCUCUUCAUGUUACAAUAGUCCUGAAUGCUGUCAGAACCUCUGUAGUCCACUGAAUGGCAGGAGUGUGUAUUCAGAUCUCUUGGCACAAGUCAUAGACAUUCAUGGAAGCCAUGAUUGGCUGAUAUUCAUCAACACUUUGGGAGAGUUUAGAGGGUCCUGAUGCCAAACAAAUAGUUGACAUCUCAUCAAGACCAUGAGUGUUAAUACUGCUGAGUGGAGAUGGUUUAAAUGCAUCGUCAGGACUUAAGAGCAGUUUUGCUCUGGAUUUCUACAUAUUUCAUUUACAAAACACACCAAAGCAUGGAGGUAGCAUACAAACUCCUCACAGAGCAAGGUUUCCAUUUACAGCUUUUCAAAAGUCUGGUAGACAUGUGGCAAGUAUGGUAUAUGCCUGCAGAUCAGAUUAAAGAUUGAAAUGCACUCAUGUGCUCUAAGCCUUGUAUUCUGUUGUGCUUUCCAGUAACAAAUGUAAAAAAUUAUAAAAAAACUAGAUGGGUUAUGUUGGCAUGGUAUGGUUAAUUGUUCUGUAGGGAAUCAACACAUUGCAGGGGAGUUUUCGUAAUAGUUACCCCAUAAACUGAAGUUAUUGCUAGAUUAGCUGUCAGUCCCUUUUGCUAUUUUCAGUGUCCAACUGCAUCUCAACCAUGUCUCCCAGAUUUCUUGUUUCUUCGGUAUAAAAAUGUAUUUUCAUUUAUCUUGCCUGUAGACAGUAAAUUGUGCAUUUAGGACAUUAGAGUUUGCUGGAGACUCUACUUAGUCUAAUUUCUGUCACAGUUUUGUAAAUGAGAUCUUAACCACUGUGCUCCGUAAAUUUAGUGUUAUAUCUUUUCUCUUGAUUCUUCAAGGUUUUCAGAAUGUAUGCUAAUGUCUUGACCUUGUUUAUUGAUGUCUGGAUGGGGACAGUAAAGAGUCCACUGAAACACCUCAGUCUUUUCUAAACUGCUUCCUCAAGUUCCUUGCCAUUCAUUGUUAUACUGUAUAUGUAUUAUAGUGGUGAUGCUCCAGCAUUUUAAUACAGUACAGUAUGUGAGCAAGGCAGUUCCUUCUUCCUCAUGAAAACCAUUGUGUUUUUUGUUUUGGUUAUGGAAUGAUCGAUUCCCUGGCAUCUGCUCUGCCGAUGUUGAAAUAUUUUGUGGGAUUCAUCUGCUGCACCGUGUCCUGGUGACUAGCGGGCGCUCAGAAGUCUCCUGGUGAACUCUGUUUGGUGUAAACAUGAGGCAGGGAGGAGGCUGCAUUCUGUCACACUUCACUGCAACCAUUAAUUCCAAAAUAAACCUGCCCCAACAGAGAUACUUCCCUAGAGCUCGGGAGCAGAACAAGACGUGGCCACGUUUGACAGAAUUUCAAGGGGAGCAGCUGCGGUUUAUAAUGAGGUUAAAGCCAAAGAAAGGCCGUGUACAUUGCAAUUUGGGCACUGCAAUGUCAGGUCAGUAGAAAUGCAGUACAUUGCAGGAGGAAAAUGCACUCAAUCUGUUCUUUGUUACUAAUGCUUUACAUUUGUAUGCAUAUUCUUUGUGAAGUCAGGGAUCUGUAAAAAAAUUAGGAUUAAGAAUAGUAAUUAUGAAUUAGUGAAAGAUUAAGAAUAGUGACAAAUUCAAGGAAUUCUUGAAUUACGAUUAAGAGCAGGAUGCACUUCUUUACUCUAAAGGCUGUUGGAGUGUGGAACAAGCUACCCAAGCAUGUUUCUUACAAGAACCAGCUGAAUGAAAGAAAUUAGAUACUAACUACCAAGGGUUAGAUGGGCCGAAUGACCUCCUUUUGUGUGUGACCUUUCAAUUCAAUUGCAAAAGUCAGCAGAUAUUAGGGGAUGUUACUAAUUGCAAAUCUAUCCAAGCAUAGAGUAUAUCAGAAGAAAAUAUAUGAAUAGUUUGUUUAUUUAUUUAUUUCAAUUGUGAAUUAAAUAAUUAAUUAAUGAAAUGAUUUAAUCUUGAUUUUCCUGGCCAAAGUACUUUGUACCGUAAACAUAAUCUUUUGGCAAGCAUAAUACUCAAGUCACUAAAAACCUUCUGAGUUAAUCAGAAAGUCCUGAUUGAGAAUUGCUUGCUGCUGUAAUGAUUUCAGAUAGAUACUGAAAGAAUCAAAACUAUAUCAUUCAAAAUCAAAACUUAUGCACCUAAUCGAUAAACCCGAUAAACUCUUUUACAUUUUAAUUCAGAUGUAAAAGAGAUCACAAGGUUGUACAGGGUGACUUUUUAGUAAUUUGAUAUACUGUCCAUGCAUUCCAAUAAGGUUUGAUUGUAUGACUCCAUUCAUGCACACUACCCAUGGAGAAGACUAUUUGAAACAGAAAUGUUACUAUAUAAUCACUGUGGCAUAGUGUAAUAGUGGUUAGUGCUGCUGCCUCCCAGGUAAUGCCUCCUGGGAUUGGUUCUGGAAAGGGGGACCAUUUGUGUGGAGUUUGUAUGCUACCUCAAUGCUUUGGUGUGUUACCACCUGCUCCAGUUUCCACCCCUCUCCCAUAGACAGACUGUCUAGUUUAAUUGGUGUCUGUAAUUUGUGCUUAACGUGGGCUGUAAUUAGUCUGCAAGUAUAUGUGUGUGUCUUGAGAUGUGCUGAUGUCCAGGGUGUAAUCCUGCACUGUCCAGGGUGUAAUCAUGCUUGCCAGGCUCUGGGUUGCUGUGCCCCUUACCAGGGAGAAAGCAGUUUUCUUGCGAUGGAGGAUGAUUUCUUACUAAUUUUUCCAAAAGCCUUUGCUAGCCAAUAGGUGUGUUCUCUGUACUCAACUGGCUGCUCCUUCAUCUUGCCGUGAUUCUUGAACACUAGCCUUCAAAACAAACCAGUUCCUUAAAGUGAUCAGACAGCACAGUAUGCAUCACUGUCGGAAUAUGGAUGAAGUAUAUGCUGUAUAUGUUUUUGCGCUGCAUACAUAUAAUUUAGUCACAACAGUAGGCAUUGCCUUUGAAAGCCUUGCUGAGAAUAAAUUAAUGUUGCAAUUCUGUGCAGGACCAACAUAAAGACAUGGAAGCAGUUUCCCUAGGUGAAAGUGUUCCAUCGGCGUCCCUUCUUAAAGGAGUCUUUGACUGAGAAUUCUCUCUCUGUCUCCUCGUCAUGCUUGGCAGCUGCUGUUUAGCAUUCUGCCGGCUGCAGUGAUGUUGUGUGCGUGAGGCUCUCUGUGUGUUCGGUUGAUGUCCUACGGGACAAAGUCAACCCCAUGGACUGAAACAGGAGCCAGCUUCACGUUUUUGCGCCUCUGCCAGUGUUUUGACUGAACCAGAGCAUUCAGGUCCAAGCAAGGUUCCCAGAGAGCGAGCUCUGUCUCGCUCCCCUGCUUCUGCCUCGCGCCUCCAGACUGCAAUUAACUUCUCAUCAUCAAAGAGAAUACCGAGCAGGGAGACAGGCAGCAGGAGAGAGGCAGAGAUAAGACACAAGAAUGGGUUUUGCCGCUGGAGUUGGGACUGUUUGAACAGAGGCGGCGAAGCGACGCUCUUUGGGUGAGAGCGUGCGUUUUUAGUCUCGCAUUCCUCAGAGAGAGAAAGAGUGAGGGAGGCUGAGAGAAAAAAAAAAGCCCUGAGGGAGAUUUUUUUUCUCUGUGUUUCUAAAGAACAAGAAGUCUUCCUUUAUCUGUUGAAAAGCAAAUAGAAUUGCCCUUUUCCAGUAAGCUGUCUGACGUGCACGGAUUACUAGCGUUGGAAAGAUGGCAACAUCUUAAGAGCAGACAGAUAAAAGCAAGACAGAGAAGCCUGGGCUGGGAAGGAGAGAACUCCUCUGAGAUGAUGAUGGCACUGUGUUUUUCAGAGAGUCGCGAUUAAGAGGUGCCCAAGCCCCGAGCGCGUGAGAGAUGACCCUGGUCUUGUCGAUGAAUCCCUUCUGCGAUCACGCUGCCUCUGAAGGAGAUCCUGCGGCCCCACAGUACCAGCCCAUCUGGGAGUCAGAGCGCUUCAGCAAGAGCUGCGUCUCCAGCCCCUCUCCACUGGAGUGCGCUGUGGAGCAGCUGGCAGAAGAGCCCCUUUACAGAAGAGCUCCAGAUCAUGUAGCUGCUUCCCGGAUUGCCUACUUUAAAAGGAAGUAUGUGGAAGAUGAGGACUCCCAUCUUACCUUCAGGAGCUGCUGUCAGACAGUUAUGCCCGCCCUGGAGGAGCGGGCGCACGUGCUGCGUGUCUCCCUGGACAAACUGCGCUUCAUCGAGGACCCCGAGGCGUUCCUGCGCCGCUCCGUUCUGGUCAACAACCUGCUGCGCCGCCUGCGGGCCGAGAUCUUCCUGCAGAGUGACUGGUGCUUCCCCCCACCCCCUCCAUGCUCUCCCCCCUCCCCCUCCUCCUCCCCAGCCCCGCCCUGUCCCUGGGAGGCCCCGCCCCCGCGGCCCUGCUUCGCCGGCCCCCUCGGUGCCCAGGGACCUUACCGCAAACGCUUCCGGUUGAUCCGCGGGGAGGGCGAGGAGUGCUUCCAGGGCUGCUGCUGUUUCUACGGGGGCCGCUACCUGCGCCUGCCGUUUCCUGUCUGCGAGGAGGCCGCUUCUUCCUCUCACUGCCCUUCUUCUUCCUCCUCCUCCUCCUCCUCCUCCUCCUCUUCUUCCCCGCUCCCUCAGCUGCUCCCCCUUGAGGGUGGAGAGACCAGACUGGACCUGUUUUAUCCCUGUCUGGACCUGCCACCGCCGGUGAACCAGGUGGAAGUGGAGGUCAAGGAACGUUCAAAGCUGAGGGACAAAACAGGCUUUUGGGAAGGAGCGCAUGGGCGCAUCAAAACUGCAGACAAGCAGCAUGAGAAGAGAGAGGCGCACUGUGAAACUGCAGGCCAUUCGAGCUGGAGUGUGGAUACAAGUGAAGCUGGGCAGGAGCCCAUGAUGUGCUGCCAAAUGAGCAGAAAAAUAUAGGAAAAAGGACACGUUUUUUGGAAAUAAGCUGGAGUAGUUUUGUGUGUACCGUGCUGCCGUUGGGGUGCGUGAGUUCACAGCGGGUUUGCCACGGGCUUUGGAUUUUAGAAAAAAAUCUAUAUUUUCUGUUGUCCAAAGCAGCUUUUGUGUCUUUGUCUUUGCAAAAAGAAAAGAAUCUGAAUUCCCCCCCAAAAUGGAGAAUGUAGACUUUAAAUACAAUAGCACAGCAAAAUGUUGGACCACAAAAUGGGCUGACUGAGCAAAGACAGUCGAUUUUCACAGCAACAAUAAUGUGUGGUGCCUUAUUUUUGUAAUGUUUAUAUCUCAAUUUUGUUUUUUUUCCUGUAAUGAAAUGGUUUGUAUUUUGGAGAUCCUGUUAAAGAAAAGUGAUUUGGAGCACUUCUGAAAUAACAGCUUGGACACUUGGAACAUGAAUACCACUGACAGAGCUGAAGCAGAUGAUGAAUAAAAAAAAACAAUGAGGAAAGAAGAACAAUUGUACACACUUCUCCUCUAGGAGGGAUGUCCUUUAUCCAGCGUUAUUUUCCUGGCUUUCCUCAGUACACUUGGUAACACUUACUGUACCUAAAACUGUACCAAUACUGAGGCAGAUUGAGAUACUAGUACCAAUACAGGUACCAAUGCCAAUGCGUGCAUAAAAGAGGGAAUUAAAAUGUUACUCAUGAAUUUUCAGCCAAAUAACAUUUGCUUGGCUGGUUCCACGAAAGUGUCUUUUGUUUCAGAAAGCUGGUUACAGUAUGUACAAACUGGGAGAUUACAUCCAGGACAGAUGUUCUACAAAAAUUCCAGAUACCUCGCACUUAUUUGAUUCCUCGUUUGGCAUUCUACAAGUCUUCUUUCUGACACAAGCAUCUGCUGAUAUUGGUUUCCACCUUGAGCUUUUUUAAGUAUUUUCUGGCCUGAAUCGCAAAAUCCAAUGAUUCUUGUCUGUUUAAAAGUCUAUAUUCGGGGAAAGCGAAUAUAAAAGGACCCACAUUUCAAUUCUUUCUUUUUACGUGUUAUUUUUUGCGAGUUUUCUCUCUGUUACUGAGUCUCGUCUUGGAAAGGCACCCAAAGCUCUCUAGCAUUAAAAAAACUAAAACUGAGCAAUACAGCAGUGUCAGGAUAGCAUUUCAAACUAAAAGCACAAGUAUCUGCAUUUAAAAAAUGAAACAACUCUCGUUAGGAAUAUAAAUGCUUUCAAAAACAUUUUGUAUGUGAUUUUUGUGACAGCUGUAAAAACUGUAAUGAAUAAACCAAAAGAAUGACUA